AGAAUUUCAGUCGAGACAGCUGAGACUACGAACGCUCUUGUUUUGACAUUACACUUGAGACUGUUGUCAGAAGUGUUACUCCCGCCCAGUUUACUACAUAGGGAAAAUGUGAAACGUUUUCCUAACUAAAAAGAGCGAAUUUAAUACAACCAUAGUUAUUCAUAGCAGUGCUGUUUAUAUUUUUUCAAAAUUUCGAAGCUGAAUUCAGGUCGUCAAAUGAUGAAGUUUAAGUCGCUUUUCCGUCGAAAAGCGUCGCCCACGGGCAAUGAAGCUAACUCGGCCAUCAGCCCAUCGGCCUCUUCCAUAUCGCAUUCGUCUUCAUCUUCGUCGCUUGCUGCCCGUUCAGCAAGUCCUCCUGUUCAAUCCAAUGGCCAUGGGGCUGAAUUGGUUGAUGCUAACAUGUCUCUUGGGAGUCCACCCAUUACAAUUACAUCUAGGAUUAGAUCGUCCACUGACCCAAAUCUUCUUUCGCCAAGAACUGAAGCUCUACCACCUGUACCAGGGCCGUCAACCUCAGACUGUCUAAUGUUUAUAGAGCACCAGGAUGAAACACCAAACUGUUCCAACUAUCCAAUUCAUGCCAUCAAUCGAGAUGUCAUCCGUAAUAUUGCAGGAACGGAUGUCAAAGAAGAUGCUGAUUAUGCUGGAGCAACAAUGAGAGACUUGAUAGAAACUGGAGCAGUUGGAUGGGAACGUCAAUCCAGGCAGAGCAGUGGAAGUGAAGUUUCUGGAGUGAGUCUGGCUUGUCUUCAGGGACGAAUCCAGCAAAUGGAAGAAACACACCACAGUACCAAUGAAGAAUUGCAGGCCACACUUCAGGAGCUUGCUGACCUCCAAGUCCAGCUCAAUGAGUUUCAAGCAGAAAAUGACAAGCUCAAGGAUGACAAGCAAUCUUUAAAAAGAAAAUUAGAAAUUAGAACUGAACAGUUCAAGCAAGCUAGAGAUCAGAUGGAAUCCCUGAAACAACAUUUACUGCUUCAGUGCAAUGAGGCCGAGGACGAGCGCAAAGCUCUUCAAGCCAAGCAGAUGGAUUUGGCCAAGAUGCUGGCUGCACAACAAGCUGAAGCAACAGAACGGGAACAACACGUCACAUGGCUGACAUCUCGAGUUCGACAUUUAGAAGCUUGCAUUGACGAAGGCGAUUCCAAACUCCAUUCGGAACUAAGCAAGUUAAUGAAAGAAAAUGAAAAAUUAAGGCAAGAUAAGGAGUCGACUGAAGGCACAGCUAUUACUGCCCAGGAUCAAUUGGCUGCUGCCCAACGUGACAAUACCCUUCUAAGAGACCAGAUAUCUGCUUUGCAGGAAGAAAACCGAACAAUUCGACAGAAAUCAAAAGAAGAGGUAGCGGAUCUGGAGUAUAAAGUUGAACAACUGCUAGCUAAAAAACAAAGUCUGAUCGUUGAGACAUCGACGCUUCAUGCGGCUGUCGCCGAAUUGGAGUCGGCAUGCCGUCGCCAUCUGGAAGACAAGCGGGAAAUGCGCACAACCGCAGCCGACCAGCAAGUUAAGUUGGCAGAUGCCCUGGCUCGCCGAGACGAACUCGAGAGGCUAUUGACGGACGAAAGAGCCAAAUGGGAAGCACAACAAGAAGAGUGGCAACAAUUUCAAAAAGAUUUGCUCACAACAGUUCGAGUGGCCAAUGACUUCAAACUCGAAACUCUCGCCAAAAUGGAGAAGGUGGUGGAGGAAAACAGAUUGCUUCAUGAGAAGCUUGGAGCAAUCUCUCGGUCAGAAAAAUUUGGCUCCCCUGAAACACGAGCGGCCGCUCCAGUCAAGCCUCGUGUCUUACGCUCAUUCUCUACCCUGGAUUCGAGCUCAACAACAUUAUCCAGCAAUCUGUUGAAUGAUAUCAAACCACGCGCCGUGGCUACACGCGUUGAUAAAGGUUCAGUAAAGCGCAUUGUUGAAAAUUUGGAGGUAACUGCCUCGAACAUUCGGACAAAACCUACCGGCGAAGCAACAGAGCCAGCUUCUCCAUCAUUAGCGACUUCACCGUCACCUCCUGUAGCUACUGUGCGACCCCGAUCCGAGCCGAUCCGACCAACCCAGUUGCAUCGUACUGAGAGUGAGGUGUUUCUCCGCUCUCCAGCUAGGCCCACGGAGACACGCUCUUCGUUAAAUGACGUACCAACCUACAAUACUACAAGCAGCAGCUCAAUCAAAACGGCAUCACCACCUUCAACAGGUUUACGAUCCAGUGUGCUAUCAGCCUCAGAUAUACAGCCUUGCGAAUCUUCAGCUGGAUCGUUCUCCAACCAACCGUCGGAUCGCAAGGAUCCUCUAGCUGGCUUGGUCAAAAAUGGGGGCUCUAAGCGAAACGCCCUGCUGAAAUGGUGCCAAACUCGAACCGCCGACUACCCCAAUAUCGACAUAACCAACUUUAGUAGUUCUUGGAACGAUGGAUUGGCCCUAUGUGCUUUGCUGCACACUUACUUACCGCAACAAGUGCCAUUUGAAUCUCUUAACUCUUCAGACGUCCGACACAACUUCCAAGUGGCCUUCCGUGCAUCCGAAUCCGUUGGUAUCCCCACUUCGCUGGACAUUGAAGAGCUGGCCUCUUCCGACAGGCCUGAUUGGCAGUCCAUCAUGACUUAUAUCACCGCUAUAUACAAACAUUUUGAAAUUUGAUGGAUGCUACUGCCACAAAAAAAAAACAUAAGGAGGAUUGUUCCAACACCCAGGUUGAUAGUGAAUUGACUUUCUGGUAAUUGUCAACUGGAUUAAAGUUUGAAACACUUUACACCCAUAGUAAAUAAGAUGGUAAAAAUGUUCAUUAAAAAAAAUAUAUAUAUUAUGUAUUUCCAUUCUUCUUUUACAAUGGUGGUUUGUCAAAAAAAAAAUUAUCAAAAAGAUUUGUCGUACUAGAAUAGACGACCGAAAGUGUCCAUUCCACUAAUCCCAUUCCAGCAGUACUGACCUUCAUUGACAGUCCAUUUGCUGUUCCACAGUAAUCUUCUUCCUAACUUGUUCUUUGGGACCAUUGAUUUCUUUUUCUGUUUGUAGUUUGUAAUGCUAUGAAAUGUAUUCUGUAUAAGCUCAUGUCUCCCCUCUUUCAACAGGAAAAAAAAUGCAAUUGAAGAACACCAGUGUCUGUGAAGGUAUAAUGUGUGCAACUGUGUAAUAUUGACGGCCUUCAUCUGGAACUAUAUCGUACAAUAAAACUUGGCUUUGGGAUACAUAA